AUGUAUGGCAUUGAAGUGAACACAGAGACCGAGGAAGUGGUGUUCAGUGCAAACACUGCACUAGUGUUGAGGCCAAGUGUUGGCAAAUGGAGCAUUGAAGUGAACACAGAGACCGAGGAAGUGGUGUUCAGUGCAAACACUGCACUAGUGUUGAGGCCAAGUAAAACCAAAAUAAUUGGUAUCGGAGACCAAUUGAUGAAUAAAUCGGUGAAAACUACUCCAGUCCUCAUUUUGCCAAAUCAUAGUUACGCUAAACAUGUGUCGGAUAUAAGCAAUGCAUCACAAUAUUCACAGAUAGAUAAUAACGGCAACUCUGGGGUGAGUUGUGUCCCGAAGCUUAGCGUUCAUUAUAUCGUCUCAUUGAAUAACGAGCCGCCAAUCAUCAGCUCUGGUAAGCAUUUGGAUCACGAAAUCUCGAGUCAUAUAAAGACAGAGAUCAUUGACGGCGAGAGGAAGUGCUUGAUCUCAUUGCCUUUGGACACCAGUUGUCACAAUGACUGCGAUUCCAAUACUCUGAAAGCAAAUAACUCGAUGUCUAACCAAAGACUUCUGAUAAGUCCGACAGACUUCUUGACUCUAACCGAAGAUGGAAUCACUCAUAAGAACUCUGCGGUCAGAAAAGAUGUAAACCUGUCUGCGAGUAGUCUUGAGAUCAUUCGACGCACUAAUGUUGACACAAAUUUUGCCAUUUGUUUGGACCGUCUUCUUUACGAAGACAUAAAGCCAUCGAUGGAGACAAUUGACGUAAAGCCAGUUCUCACAACUUUGGAUCCGUUGGAAACUACAACUAAUAAUUGCAGUUCUCAGACACAAACAGACAACACAUUCUCAGUGAUCACUUCCCAAUCAGACAUUAAUGUCUCGACAUCACAAUCACUGGCGUUGACAACACUUGACAUAAAAGUAUUGCCGACCGGAAUGUUAGCCAAGGAUUCAAUAUUAUUGGCCAAUUUGGCGGCCGCUUUGCCCUCAUCUCUCACUUCCAGACAAAUAGCACUUCAGGUGAUCAGAGAAGACGGCACUUCUCUUGUCUUACCAUUGAAUACCAAACAUGAAAACAAUGAAGUAUUGUCUACAAAGGAGGGCCCCUCCGAUCUGGGAGUCAGUACUUCAGUGGUGUUGGCAGAAGUGGUUGCGCCCAAUGAGUCCAUCAGACCAUUCAAAUGUGAAUUAUGUAAUUCAACGUUCACUCGAUUAGGCAAUUAUACCCGACAUAAGAAAAUACAUUCCUAUCCCUCUAAGGAGGACCAGCGCUUCCGGUGCGACAUUUGUAGCAAGUCUUUCAUACAACGAUGUGAUUUGGCCCGACAUCUGCACAUACAUCGCGGCACAGAACCGCAUCGGUGUUCACAGUGUGGAAAGGGAUACAUAAGACACAGCGAUUUGGUUACUCAUCAACGGUUCCACAACAAAGAGAAAAUCUUUUCGUGUCCGCACUGUUCCAAAGGGUUCUGUCAAAGAGGUGAUCUGAACCGUCACUUGCGAUCAAUUCAUUUACAGUUAAAACCAAUUCUUUGCUCUCAUUGUCAUAAGAAGUUCGCCAAAGAGGAGACACUCUUAAGACAUAUAAAUUCUAGUCAUAGGGAUCUCAUUGAAGAUACAACUGAUCCGCAAUUUAAUGGUAUUUGGGAUCAAUUGAACGAUUGUCUUAUAACUGACACCACAAUGAAUGUGAGCACGAGAUCCGUGUCUUCAAUAAUCAAACGCAAAGCUGACAACCAAUUGGACGAAGAGAUCAAUGAAGACGAACCCAAGAAGAAGACCAGAGAUGAGUGGCGAAAGGCUAAGGAGUUGGAGGAAAUGCGAAAAGCGGGAACCGCUCCCGCACUCCAAGACGAAGAGGGCAGGGACAUCAACCCACAUAUCCCGCAAUACAUAUCGUCGACGCCGUGGUAUUUCGGUUCGGAAGGACCCACUCUUAAGCAUCAAAGACAACACGAAGAGAAAGUGAAAGACUUCGCCAAAAUUGAGGACCACUUUGUGCGUGGAUUGAAGGGCUCGACAGCGACCCGAUACAGACGCGGCGGGUGUGAGAACUGCGGGGCAAUCACUCACAAGAAGAAGGAUUGUUUGGAAAGACCGCGAAAAAUAGGCGCUAAAUAUUCGGGCGAAGACUUCGCGGCCGACGAACAGGUGUUGCCGGACCUGACUCUGGACUUUGACGGGAAGAGAGAUCGUUGGAAUGGAUACCAACCAGAGAUGUAUAAACUGGUGAUCGAAGAACACGAGAAGAUUGAAGACGCGAAGAGAGUGUUGAAAGAGGAGAAACUCAAACAAGACUUACUCAACGAAGAGGUGGCCAAAGAGGCGAAGGAGGGAAAGGAUGAACCAACGAUGCGUUGGAGUCGGACUCGGAUGACGACGAAGAGGACAAAUACGCGGAUCACAUCGAUAUGCCGGGAACUAAAGUGGACUCAAAACAACGGAUUACUAGAGGAUACGGCCAAAUACCUCCGCAACUUAGACCCGGAGUCCGCUUUCUAUGAUCCCAAGACUCGGGCGAUGAGAGAGAAUCCAUACAAGAGUAGCGGCAAAACUGCUGAGGAGUUGCAAUACGCGGGCGACAACUUCAUUAGGUAUACGGGAGACACGAAUGAGGUGUCAAACGCACAGCUGUUCGCGUGGCAGGCGAUGGAAAGGGGUCUCGAUAUUCAUCUUCAGGCGGAACCGACGAAAACAGAAUUAGUGAAGAAACAAAUAGACGACAAAAAGGUGAACGUAAAGGAAGUGUUUCGUCAAAGUAUUAUUGAUAAAUACGGCGGUAAAGAGCACUUACAGACACUCGACCCUCAACUCAAGUUCGGCCAAACGGACAGUUAUGUCGAGUAUUCACGUCGCGGACAAGUCAUCAAAGGCUGUACUAAACCUAAUGUGAGCUCUAUUUACGAAGAGGACGUGUUUGUCAACAAACACACCGCCGUUUGGGGCUCUUUCUGGGACAACGGCCAGUGGGGCUAUAAGUGCUGUCAAUCAGUCAUCAAAAAUGCUUACUGUACGGGAGAUAAGAAUAAAAUACAAUAUUAUAUGUAA